UUGCCUUCAAAUUACUCUAAUCUCUCUAGAAAUAGGAAAAGGGGGGGCACAAUCAUUUUUCUUGUACCCCUCAUUCGGGAUGGAGAAGGUGGUGAGGCUGGCCUCGGAGAAAGGGGUGGUGAUAUUCAGCAAGAGCACGUGCUGCCUGUGCUACACCGUGAGCAUCCUGUUCCGGGAGCUCGGCGUGAAGCCCGAGGUCCACGAGAUCGACCUCGACCCCGAGGGGCCGGAGAUGGAGAGGUACCUGGCGCGGCUCGGGUGCAGUGGGCCCGUGCCGGCCGUCUUCGUCGGCGGGAGCCUCGUCGGGUCCACCAACGAGGUCAUGUCCCUCCACCUAGGCGGGGCGCUCCUCCCACUCCUCGCGCCUUAUCAGGACCACGCGGAUCACGCUCUGUCCUGAAACGAGUGACUCGGAAAUCGGGCAUGGCAGCUGAUCAAGGUGUGCUCUAAGAUGGGAUUGGUGGCUAGGGUUGGGUUGGGGAGAUUGAGGUCUCCUAUGUGGCUUGCUUUUUAUGUAGCUUAUAGCUUUAGCCUUUUUAGCUAGAAAUACAUGGAGCUU